AUGCUAAGUUCAAGAAGCCUUGUUCUUUUAUCAUUUAUUCACCAUUGCUCUGCCAGCAUUGGAAUUUUUCGUCUAUACGCUCGGUUCAACGAUGAUCCCGACCUAAGUCGAAGUUUUUUGAUCGAUUUAAAUACCUCGGAGAGCUUUGUUCUCAAUGCCACUCCAUUUGAAGCCAAAUAUGGAAAGGACAAGGUGUUUGAUCCAAGGAAAUCCACAACAUUCAAAGACCUGGCCAUCCCCUUCUCCGAAGUUUACAGUGACUAUGGCAAUGAAAAUUCUGGACUUGCUUCGGGUCGAGUUGCCGAAGAUCAAAUCGAAAUGUUCAGUGUGAACUUCCCCGCGUUAUUUGGUGUUGUAAAUUUUGUGCAAGGAAGUCCAACCGAAUUUUAUGGGCAGAAAUUUGCUGGAAGGAUUGGCUUUUCCAGGAAGGAACAUAAGACGAAUUUACGGGAUAAAUUGUUGCGAGGAACACCUCUGCAAGUCAUUUGUUUGGAAGUCAAUGUUCCUCAAGCCGGAGGGUAAGUUGAGGUAGCAAAAUGAAAUCGCAAUUCGGGGCAGUGACAGUUCGAGUCAACGGUACUAUGGAUGCUGUCGGUUUGUCGUCGUCUGCAUGGCGAGGCUAGGGGAAGGUUUAGUUAGUAUUAGGAAUAUUUCAUAAGAUUUAUCGGGCCCUAAGUUAGCUUAUCACUUUUUAGGCUUAGAAGUAUGAUCGUGCCGUUUUUUGGAGGUGCAUUUUUUACAGGUAGAAUUAAAGUUUUGGCUCAUCUGUUAAUAUCACCUGAAAGAACGUUGAAAACGCUGUCGAUUGUUAUAUGUUUCGUGUGGCUAGGUUUAUAAUAGCGGUUUUUAUAAAGCCUCGAAGAUGACCAACUUUCGCCCAGAAAAAUGCCAUUGGCGGGAAAUUUUCCCUUACGUAUGUAAGGUGAGGAAAGGCGCCGUUGACGCAUGGAACUAUUUUGAGGUAUUUUAUAUGUGCCCACGAAAAUAAUAUAUAGAUAAAAGUUACGGGGCUUCGUUGUUUGUCACAAAUUUUGGUUUUUCAUAAGUUACAUUAACUCAGGGCAAAGAAAACUAACGUCAGUAAUCGCUAAAAUUAGAAAAAGCAGACAUAUUUUAAGUCUUCGCUAAGUUUCCACCGUGCCUUCGCCGGGCCUCCGCCAACCGUCCAACGGCUUUACCAGGCCUCAUAGGCACUUUCUACAACUUUUUUUUUGGGUAUCCACCUACCUACGCUCCGUAUCGGUCGAUUUUGUAUUGACCCGAACUGUCGUCGAAAGUUGGGACACGAGAAAAAACUUCCUCCCUGUGCUGUAUUCUUCGUCUGAUAUCUAAAUCAUCACCGUCGAUAGAAGACUACAUACAUUAUUCACAAAUAUUUUCAGCCUGGUCUACGCUGUCAUCGUACUGGGACGCUAUCAUUACGACGAAUAUAACUUCUACACUAAAAUAAAGGCCCUUCCAAGUGUUAAUGGCGACUGGGAAAUGCGUUUGGAUAAAAUUUCGAUUGGAAAUUCUACGCUCAAACUCUCGGCCUCCUCCGUUAUCUCCUCUACCUACGAUGGAAUUGGAGUGCCGUCGAGAUAUUUCAACUCGGUUAUCCGCAUGCUUGACGCCAAAUUUGAUCCAAAAAACAAUCGUUUCAUCGUGGAUUGCGCGCAAAAUGUGCCCAUUAAGAUUUCCGUUAAUGGAAUUGAAAUUCCCAUUCAAUUUGAUGCAUUUACAAAAAGAAUCCAAGGAAAUGAAUGCGUCUUGAAUAUCCGCAAUGUUGGGCAACCUCAGUUCAUCCUGGGAUUACCGUUUUUUACCAACAAUGGAAUAUGCUUGAAUUUUGAUGGCGAUGAAAUUCAUUUUUACAAGGCUCGAGGGCCCACAGUUAACUUGGAAGCUGGUAAUUUCGUUGAAGAAGAUGGAUCAGUUAGAAUUGUUACUGUUCAGUGAUAAUAUAAUAUUAGGUUGGAUAAAAGGUUAUUACUAUUUCCUUGCAAAAAUUUGAAGUCGAUUAGUAUUUUCUAGAUCGGAUCCCUCCGCGGAAGAGCCGAUUUUGGCAGGGUAUGAAGCAGCUCAAGUUGCGUCCUUUUGUCAUACAUUUUCACAAGUCUUCUGCCAAGGGAACAUUUUGUAGUCUGCUUAUUGCUUAUCGAACCGGCGAACAAAUGUUAUUAUUGCUCAUAAACAGGUUGUUUUUUGUGUGAAAUUUUGUACGAUUUAUAAGGAAAUGGAUGCCUCGAAAAUUUAUGUUAUGUAAAUAUAUUUGAGGUCGUUCGAUCCUUUUCCUGCAAUCAAAAUUGAGGAUUCAAAGAAUAUUGUAAAAUGAAUGAGAGGUCAACGGACCACGACAAGCCAUCGGAAAUUGUUCCGGAUCAUGAUACCGUAAAUUAUUUGGUCGAAAUUCCAGAGGAUGCUGAAAGGGAAAGCAUUUGACAGUAAUCUAGUCUAGCUCUCACAGUUAACUUGGAAGCUGGAACCUUCUUAUUUCCACGUAGUUAUAGACUAAUAGAGCGUUUAUCAAAGCUUCAUUUUGGCGUAUUGCUAAUCCUUAUGGCGUAGCCGAGAUUUUCUAUUGCUAGAAACUCGGAAGAGCCCGGAUUUUGGCUGGGUAUGAAGCAACCCAAGUUAUGUCCCUUUGUCGGCCGCUGCUGGUCUCGGAUUGGUGUUAUUGUAGUCAAUAAAGUGGUAAUGAAUGAUAAAGGUGGAAAUGUGAAGGAAAUGCGAUGUUGAAAAUCAUUUUUAUUAAUUUUUCAACAUUUGAUUCUAAUCAGUCCAAACUUUAGGAAGAAAAAAGAUAAGGAAGUUGAAGAGGUCAAGGCAUUCUUCUUACGGUCAAUUUUUGUCAAAAAAGUUAAGGACUCCAAAAAAUAUUAGUUUCUCGAAAUGUUGAACUUAGGAACAUAAUCUUUAACUUUUUUGGACGUCUCCUUUACUCAUGUCAUAAACUUUCCGCGAAAAACGACUCCCCGGUUUAACAUCAGGCCAGAACGAACCUCACUUCGUAUUUACAAAUGUCGAAAACGUGCAAGAGCGGACAAAAAAAUAAUGUGCAGUACAUUGUGCUUGAUAACGCGAAUGGCUGAUCGAGAUAAUGCGUUCUUAUUUUUCAUGAGCAAUUUUGGUCGGAAAUUGAAAAAAGAUAAUUAAAAGUAAAUUUGUCAUUUUUUGCAAGACAAGAAGGCUCGUAGGCAGGUGCAUUUGAAAAUUAUGAUUAUUUAUUUGAUUUCUUUGUAGAUGGCGGUGGAUAGCGAGGACAGAAAGGGUGAUGAGGAUAAGGAGAGCGAGGAAAUAAUUGCGAAUGAUGAGACGAUACAGUAUUUGGUAGAGAUCCCGGAGGAUGUGGAGAAAGUAAGUAAAAAAAGGACGACUUUUCGGGUCAGCGAUGCUAUGGAUGGUGUCGGUUCGUCGCUGUAUGCAUGGCGGAGCCUAGGAGAUGGCAUAGUUAGCAGAAAUAAUAAGAUUGGUCUGGAUAGCUUGUCGUUUAUUUUGAGGCUUUUUACAUGUGCCACAUCAAUAAUAUCUAGAAAAAAGUUACGGAUCUUCGUUUUUUGCUGCAAAUUUUGGUUUUUUAUAUGUGACAAUAACUCAAGAUAAAGAAAACUAACGUUAGUAAUAGUUAAAUUUAGAAAAAAUAGACAUAUCUCAAGUCUUCGCCAAGUCUCCGCCGAGCCUUCUCCGGGCGUCCGCCGACCGUCCAACGGCUUUGCCAGGCCUCGUAGGCACUUUUUAUAACCUUUUUUGGGCGUCCACUUGCCAUACGCCCCGAAUCGCUCGAUUUUGCGUUGACCCGAACUGUCGUCGACCCGAAAAGUCAGGACGCGGAAAAAUUUACAGUUGUCAUUGUGUUGACUUCACAUGUUUUUUUAGACAGGAUUCAGUUUUCGCAAAUUAUGGGCCUUUACUGGACCAGGCUUCUUGAUGAGCAUCGCGUAUUUGGACCCCGGGAACAUCGAGAGCGACCUUCAGUCGGGCGCUACGGCCCGUUAUCAGGUUCGAUCUUUGAUCUUUGUUGAAAAAUUGAAGCCCUAAUUUUCAACGUCUUUUUUCGGCGAUUUCAGCUGCUGUGGGUAUUGCUCUUUGCCCAUGUCCUCGGCUUUGCCCUACAAUUACUCUCCGCCCAAUUGGGCGUGGUCUCUGGCCGUCAUAUGGCCGAGGUAAGUCGAGAGCUGUAUCCAAGAUGGCCAAGAUAUGCGCUGUGGAUCAUGGUGGAGAUUGCGAUUAUUGGAAGUGACAUGCAGGAAGUUAUCGGUACAGCGGUAGCUAUUUAUAUGCUGUCAUAUGGAAAGGUCUCGCUGCUGUUUGGCGUGCUGAUAACAAUGCUGGACACGCUGACUUUCUUGUUCAUUGAUCACUUUGGCUUCCGGAAAUUGGAGGGAUUUUUUGCAUUUCUGAUCGCGCUGAUGGCGAUAACCUUUGGAUUUGAAGUUAGUAUUUCAUUUUUAACAGCACGUAAAAUUUUAAAAAAAUUUGACAAAAAAAUAAUUUUUUUUAAAAAAUUUGUUAUUUUUUCAGUUUUUUAUGGUCCAACCGGACGCCGUCGACCUUGCCAAAGGGAUAUUCAUUCCAUGGUGUUCGGGCUGUGGCCAAGAAGAAUUCCUCCAAGGCGUUAGUGUUGUCGGCGCUGUCAUCAUGCCCCACAAUUUGUAUUUGCACUCAGCAUUGGUGAAGAGUCGGAGAAUCGACAGAAAGAGGAAGAAGGCUGUGGAAGAAGCGACAUUUUACUAUGGCGUCGAAUCUGGGAUCGCCUUAAUUUGCUCGUUCAUCAUCAACAUGUUCGUCGUGGGAGUUUUUGCUCAUGGACUCUACGACAAGUCCAAUUUGGAAGUAGUAGGUUUUUAAUAUAAUAGAAAAUAUGGCAAGUUCCUUUCGUAGCACGAUCUUUAUUAUUGAGAAAGAAUCUUUCUUUUGAAUUUGAUUUUUUUGAAUUAGAUAAGAGUUAAAAAACGUCAUAGCCAUCUCAAUCGCAAGUGUGUAGUUUAGUGGUUGCAGCAUUUUCGGGGUUUUUUUCAACGCAUAUCUUGGACUGCCGGGAACGGCCAAAAAAGAGAACCGACGAAAAAAGUAAUAGACAGGGCUUGAAUUUGGUAUCUCAAAGAUUAUGCCCUUAAGCCAUACGUAUUUUUGGAGAAGGUUAGAAAUAAAGAAAACGUGCUGAAAAUAGUCAAGCGUCCAGAAAAUAUUGAUUCAAAAGACGGGCUGGCUUUUAUUCAUCCUCUUGAAUAAAAAAUGUUGCGAAAUUUUGAGUUUACUUUGCUCCUUUUAUUAUACAUAUAAAGGUACUAUUUACAUGCCCUAUAGCUCUAGAAAUUACUUUUUGCGCUAAAGGGCGUAUGAAAAUUAGAUUGAUAAGCUACAAUAUUCAAAAAAAGAACUUAUCUCUGUGCCUUACAUGUUUAUAUUAGUAAAUUGUGGGUUCGCUGACUGUUCCUGUUUUACUUUUCCAAUCCCUUUUUCAGCGAGAAACCUGCAACAAUCGAGAUGUACUCGAUCCCACUCUCUUCCCCAUGGACAACUCUACUGUUGAAGCAGAUCUCUAUCGAGGCGGAAUCUUUCUUGAAUGCACUUUCGGCAAGGCAACCCUUAUUGUUUGGGGAAUUGGAAUCUUGGCCUCCGGGCAGUCCUCAACAAUGACCGGAACUUAUGCCGGCCAAUUCGUCAUGGAAGGAUUUCUGCAUAUGAAAUGGCCAAGAUGGCGGAGAGUUAUGGUCACUCGGUUGAUUGCCAUUAUUCCGACGGUAGUUGUGACGUUGUUUGCUGAGGGAGUUAGGUCGUUGACUGGGAUGAACGAUCUCUUAAAUUGUGUUCAAAUGAUUAUUCUGCCGUUUGCGCUACUGCCGAUCAUCACUUUUACUGCAAAUUAUAAUGUAAUGUUCGAAUAUAAAACUGGAAAGUAAGUGAAGCCUUCAUCUACUGCUUAUGAUAAAGUUUACAACUAUAUAAAAAGGAAUUUUCAGAAAAACGCAAUUUGCUGCGUUAACAGUGUCGUUAAUUGUGAUCGGAAUUAAUUUGUACUUCUCAACGGGCAUGAUCUUCUCAUGGUUUGGGACAUCGUGGACAAUCUACCUAAUGUUAGCACCGCCUAUUAUCGUUUAUGUUCUUUUUGUGAUCUACUUAUUUAUUGUGUGCCUUCAGAUUAUGGGCAUUUGCUCAACAAGAGUGUUAAAUGUGAGUUGAGGAAGAAUGACGUUAAAACCUCUAUUAUUAUAAAAUUCUUAAACAUUUUGGUGUGGACCUUGCAGAGAUGGCUGAGAUAUUCAGUCAUUUUCGUCGACGAGAGAGUUCGCUAAAUGAGGAGAGUAAUCAGAGAGAGAAAAAUUUUUGCUAUACAUAAUCUCCGCCAAUUUCUCGCGGAAAAAAGUGACUUUUGAUGUUGACGUUGUCUUCUCCAAUAGAAACAAGGCUGACGUUUUUUAUGCAUUGCACUCGCCAAGAAAUGCUAAAAAUCUCGGUUGUUUCUGCAAGGCGCUGGCCACAUCAUCUCGCCUAGAAUGUUUAUUCUCGACGAUUGCAAUGCAGAUAGAAUUACAGUAAUUGUGUUUCUCCUUUCAGUUCAACUUCCUUCGAGCCGAACUUGGUACCAUCUCGAUAAAACCCCUUUGGCAGCCAGAAUCACCGAAUUCCUGCAGUGGAACAGCAAUUGUUCCAACCCUGGCAUCUCCUAUUUAA